GUUGCAAAGUCCUGGAGCCUCCAGAGGGCUGUCGGCGCAGUAGCAGCAGCAGCAGCGCGUGCUCCGGCCAGGGCAGAGGAGCCAGAGCCGAGCGCGGAGCGAGCCCGACCCGCCGCCCUCCCCAGGCCGCCCGGCAGAGCCCCAGCCAUGGCACACCAGCUCUUAUGCUGCGAGGUGGAGACCAUCCGCCGGGCGUACCCCGAUGCCAACCUACUCAACGACCGGGUGCUGCGAGCCAUGCUCAAGGCGGAGGAGACCUGCGCACCCUCCGUGUCCUACUUCAAGUGCGUGCAGAAGGAGAUCCUGCCGUCCAUGCGGAAGAUCGUGGCCACCUGGAUGCUGGAGGUCUGUGAGGAGCAGAAGUGCGAGGAGGAGGUCUUCCCACUGGCCAUGAACUACCUGGACCGCUUCCUGUCGCUGGAGCCCGUGAAGAAGAGCCGCCUGCAGCUGCUGGGGGCCACCUGCAUGUUCGUGGCCUCGAAGAUGAAGGAGACCAUCCCGCUGACGGCCGAGAAGUUGUGCAUCUACACUGACAACUCCAUCCGGCCCGACGAGCUGCUGCAAAUGGAGCUGCUCCUGGUGAACAAGCUCAAGUGGAACCUGGCUGCCAUGACCCCGCACGACUUCAUCGAACACUUCCUUUCCAAAAUGCCCGUAGCUGAGGAGAACAGACAGAUCAUCCGCAAACAUGCGCAGACCUUCGUUGCCCUCUGCGCCACAGAUGUGAAGUUCAUUUCCAAUCCACCCUCCAUGGUGGCCGCAGGGAGCGUGGUGGCCGCAGUGCAAGGCUUGCACCUGGGGAGCUCCAGUGGUCUCCUGUCCUACCACCGGCUCACACGGUUCCUCUCCAAAGUGAUCAAGUGUGACCCGGACUGCCUGCGGGCCUGCCAGGAGCAGAUCGAAGCCCUGCUGGAGUCCAGCCUGCGCCAAGCCCAGCAGCAGAACUUGGACCCCAAGGCCGCGGACGAGGAGGAUGAGGAGGAGGCCGGCCUAGCCUGCACGCCCACCGACGUGCGGGACGUGAACGUUUGAGGGUGUCACGGCUGGGGAGGGGCCGCCCCCAGGGCUCCCCUGAGAGAACGGCUCCUCCCGGGACCCGUCGCCACCAGGAGGGGAAAGCUUCCCUCUUACUGCCGGUUUUUUCCCUUUGCUCUUUCUCCCUUCCAUCUCUUGACUUAAGCAAAAGAAAAAAGGACCCGAAAAACUGUCUUAAAAAAAAAGGAGAGAAAAAAUAGUUACUUGCAUAACCCUGAGCUGGGGGGGAGAAUCGUGCUACCAAAAUAGAGGACCGUGUACCCCAUAAUCAGCUAGCUUUUGUAUGACCGUGUUUGUGUCCCUGUGUUGUGAGGAUAGGUGUUAACACAAGGCCCCAGUCUGCAGAGGACGUUUAGAUUUGAUUCUUAAGUGUUUAAAGCAAAAAAAGCAUAAAAACAUUUUUUUUAAAGUAGAGAAAAGCCAACAAACCUUUUUAAAGUAGAAGAGAGGUUUAGAUAGAAAACCACAUUCUUGGGCUCUUUGUAAGGAGCGCGGCUUUGAGGCGGUUCUAGGCAUCCAGUACCCUGCUUGCUCAUGCAUGUAGUCACUUUAUAAGUCAUUCGUGUGUGUUUAUUUUAUUUCAUAGGUAGGCGUGUAACCUCUUCACCUUGUCACUGGCUGAUGUCACCUCUCGGGUAGGGUAGCGUAGUUUUGGCGCCACCAAGUGCUGACCCUCUUUCCGCCUGUGGACCGACCCCCACACAGUGUGGCAGGCGCCAGCCAGCGGAGCAGUCACAGAAAGCCAGCUCUCCGACGCCCAGUAUGCGCUACUAUAAAGAGAAACCGCCGUAGCAACGUAAUAUAUUCUAUUUUUAUAAUCUUCCUAUUUUUGUAGUUACCUGUUUGUAAGAUGCUGGUUUUCCCCCAGCAGACCUGCAGCCUGCUUGCACCCAGGUGACCACCACAAACCCUCUCUUCCCUUCUCAAUAUUCUAAGACCAUUCCAUUUCAAAGCACUUUCAGUCCAGUGGUCCUAGGGAGUAUCUCUGUUCACGUUGUGUGUGGAGGGCAGGGGGUAGCAAUCUCUUAAUGGAAUGGUUUGGGAAUAUUCCCGUACUUGUGUGCGGACAGGAUUGCAAGGCCAGUGCAUGUCACUAUGGUGUUAGCGAAAAGGGGGUGUUUUUGAAGGCUAGGUUCCAGUCAAGAAGAAAAUGUGCAUUCUCACAUUGCCUUUUUCUGCAGAGAAGCUGAAGUUUAGGACUCCUUUGGUGCCAACCGGUGUUUGAAAGUAGGGGCCUUAAAGGUUUACCUAGAGAAUGCAUAGUGUAAGGGUUAGGAAGGUUUUUAAACACUAAAAUAUAUAAUUUAUAGUUAAGGCUAAAAGAAUAUUUAUUGCAGAGGAUGUUUGUGAGGCCAGUAUGAUUUAUAAAGUAAUGCAAUCUCCCCUUGAUUUAAACACACACACACACACACACACCCUUUCUGCCUUUGAUGUUGCAGGCUUAAUACAGUUAAUAAAAGUUAGACCCUUUUAUAGGAGAGAAAAUUAAUUCUCGAGGGAAAAAACAUGAAGACAUUGACUCGGGCCUGUUUGGGGUUUCCCAAAGGGACCCUAUCUGAGAGGCGUCAGUCACAAGGAAGACAACAACGUCCACCACCAGUAGACAAUUUGCACAUCUUGAUUAUAUGUACCUUCUUGAAAUGAUCACAUAGGGACCGCGGAAGGUGGCGAGAGGGCCAAGGCUGACGGCCGAAGAGUGGGUGAGGGGGAAGGCGUGGAGGGGUGGGUGGGGACCCGGGUGGGUGGGGACCCUCGAGGACAGGCUGCGGCUGUGCUGGCCCUGCAGAUUCGCUGCUACCCAUGACUUCCCGGCAGGUUUGGAACACAUUCACACCGCUUCUCUGUCAUCUCUCACGUUUUGCUGCUAUUGGACGAUCAGUUGUUUUGUUUGUUUGUUUUACCAUGUCAUAUACUGCCAUGUUCUAGUUUUAAUUUUCUCAUACAAAAAUGUAUUGCGGAUGCCUUUUUUUUGUCAUUUUUUUUUUAUGUGAUCAAUUUUGACUUAAUGUGAUUUACUGCUCUAUUCCAAAAAGGUUCCUGUUUCACGAUACCUCACGCCUCACUUAGCCAUGUGCAGGCCAGGCGGUCGGGCUCCGUCUGACCCCCAGCCUCCUGCUUCGGCAGACGCGCGGUCCGGAUCCCAACACGGGCCUGGCGCCACGGGCUCCGGGCCGCAUCCCCACAGACAGCCCGCGGCUCUGAGGACCAGGCUGGGUCUGUUUCCCUUUCCUGUGCCUGUGUGCUGGACUCUCCAUCCCACCUGGGAUUUACCAUCAUAGCAAUUUUACAGCUGUGUGGCUCUUUGCGUGUAGCUUUGAAAGCUGCAUUAUUACUGUAACAAGUAUGUCUUGAUGUGCCUCUGUGGUGCUGUGUGGUAGGACUCAGGCGUCGGGGAUGAUUGGAAUAGCUGAAAUUCACUGAUGUUUCGGUGCGCUGGGCCCGUCUGCGUACUAGCGUUCGUUCUGUUCAUCAGAGCAUGAUGAGACUUAAGGACUCCACAUCUCAAGGACGCCAGCUAACUGCUGUGUGCCCAAGAGUCACCCACUGCACUGCUGAACCAAAAGGACCUGCAGAAGUUUCGCCCCCCCCGGCAGGGUCAGCCUGAGUGCUCUGGGGCCAACGGCAGGCCCAGGACCCUGCCGCCCACCCCAGCAGAGACACUGCUGCUGCUCAUGGCGGCCAUGCUGGCUGUGGCAUUCCUCUGUCCGAACCAAACGGGGCCCUUGCAGGACCACCUGUCCCAGCAGGGGUGAGCACUGUGCUGAAAGGCCAAAGGCUAGUGGCAGGUCUGGGAAGCACUGCGGAGUCUGUCCUGUGACGAGCAAGUCUGUGAGGGUCUCUGGUGGGCGGGCACUUUGGGUCUGUGUUUUCAGUUGCACACCGUGGCGUUUCCCAGCACAGACAUGUAACCAGCAUGUUUUCAGCAGAAAACAAAAGACAAAACAUGGAAAGUCUAGAAAUAAAAUUGGUAAAAUUCCA